GCUGGCAAAGGCCCAGCACAGUUUACGGUUACGGAUAACAGCGGCGCACAGCGCCUUUUCGGUCGAAAAGACUGCCCCCACUGUUUGAACUCAGCUAACUUCUGUUCCACGUUUGGAACUCUUCGAGGUACACACACGCACACGAUGACAACAGCGGAGGAGACGUCCUCCCGGUCCCAUCUGCGACGACCAGCAGCGAGCUUGGCCAGCUCGUUCCCAAUCGCAGCCCGAUGGAGCCAACCCCCGUCAUCGCAGCAUCGUACACCCGGAGAACCAUCGUGUCGGUAACCGCUGAGGGUCAACAGCGACGCCAGGAGGCGUCGGGGGAGGCCACGGAGGUCUCCCCCAGUUCAGGCAAGGAGUCUCGCAUCGCAUCGACGCCGACGCCGGCGUCACCGAUCGCAUCAGGUAGCAGAGCAGCAGAUUACGCACGGCGCCACCCACGCACGGUGGCUUUGCGUUCAGCAAAUCAUCGCAGAUCAACAGCAGCAAGCAAGCAGACGAACCGACAACCGAAGUCGGCGGCACGCCGUCGAACAACAACCGCAGCCCUUCAGAGCAUCCACCCCCGCAACGAGCAGAAAAUCAACCGAUCGAGCACAGCAGAGCAGCAUUUCAAAUGUACACCAGCAGACGGUAGCAGAUCAAGCACACCCCAAUUUCAACUCAAGUUCAGGGUCAACCUGCUGUCGAUCGACGCCAUGAUGAAACAGCACCUGAAAGAACGACAAAAUCAGCGUCCGAAAUCUCCCGAACCGACCACACGCGCGAACAGCAUGCAUUAUUUGACCACAUUUGGUCACCUGGAGUUCAAUAAGAGAUGAACAUUGAAGUUCCUUGGAUUUUCUUUUUAUUUGUGGUUUCAGCUGUAUUUUUUUGUAUUGUUAAAUAUGAUGAAAAAAAAACAAUAAUCAUGGCGUACGGUUGUUAUUUGCCGAAUUUUUCAUUUGUCUGACCAUGUGCAGA